AUGCCUUACAAGACCAACUACGAGCCAUACAACAGUGUGGACUUCGACAUGGAAAGAGAACGCUCCUCAGAGGAAGUUCUCUACCCAUUAAUAGACCUCUACCCUCAUGUCGUCGCUCUCCAACUCCAGGCCGACGGACAACACUUCAACAGAUCCGACUCCGAUUCGGGGUAUCACAGCAUCAACUACUGGUCCGACUCAUCCCCAACACGGUCUACUUUCGAGGAGGAGUCGAGAACGAGUCGCAAAAGCAAUGAAUCUACAAAAGACCGCUUCGUCUCGAAGAUCCGCAAAAUCCUCUGUCAAAAUGACCUGCGCCGACGCACCAACUCGAAUUAA